CACUACUCAAGCAGAUGGAAGCCCUAUGGACAUAUUCAUUUCCUUUAAGCAUUAAAGUUUAACUGAGGUAGACCCCAGAGAACCCUGGCAACAGCGGUGGGAGGAGCAUAGUAACCUUAUCUGACCCUGCUGCUGCUCCAGCCCUGUUUUAAAAACCUGACAGGCAGAAUGACGUCCAGGCACCGCGAAGACAAUCUCUCCUGCCCCCUCUGUGGAAUUAUCUUCAACCAGCCCGUUGUGCUCUCCUGCAGACACAGGUUCUGUAAAACAUGCCUUCAAGACAGCUGGAGUACCCAGGACAGUGAGGACGACUGCCACUUCUGCCCUCUAUGCUGCAGACGUUCCUCCAUGAAUGAGAUUGUGGUAAACACCAUUCUGGAGAAGACCUGCGAGUCCUUCAGGAAGGAGAUGAGCAGCAGGAAUAACCCUAUGGGGUGUAAGGAACACGGAGAGACGCUCUCACUCUUCUGUCUGGACGAUCUGCAGCCCAUCUGUGUUGCGUGCCAGACGUCGGCGGUACACAAGGGGCACAGGCUCUACCCCAUUGGGGAAGGUGCACACGACUGUAAGGAGGAACUCAAGACUGCAUUGACCCCAUUGAAGGAGAAGCUGCAGCUGUUCAAGAAGGCUAUGGUCGUCUGUGAUCAAACGGCAGAGCACAUCAAGAACCAGGUUGAGCAUACUGAAAGGCAGAUAAAGGAUGAGUUUGAAACCCUUCGCCAGUUCCUGAGAGAUGAGGAGGCAGCCAGAUUGAAUGCUCUGAAGGCAGAGGAGGAUCAGAAGAGUCUGCUUCUUAAGGAGAAGAUUGAGGAGAUGUCCAACGAACUGACGUCCCUCUCAAACACCAUCAGAACCGUAGAGCAAGAGAUGAGGUCUCAGGACAUCCCAUUCUUACAGAACUACAAGGAUAUCAUCAAGAGAACCUGGCAUAUGCCACUGGAUCCAAAGAUGAUUCCUGGAACUCUGAUUGAUGUGGCAAAGCACCUGGGUUCUGUAAAGUUCAACAUCUGGGACAAGAUGAAGAGCAUCAUUCAAUAUACUCCUGUGACUCUGGACCCCAACACAGCCGCUAGCUGCUUCAUCCUGUCUGAGGAUCUGACUGUGGUCCAGUGCUGCUCCCAGGUCUUCAAGCUCCCAAACAACCCCGAGAGGUUUGACAUCAGUGCUGAGUUACUGGGCUCUGAGGGGUUCUGCUCUGGCCGCCACAGCUGGGAGGUAGAGGUAAAGGCUAACACAUACUGGGUGGUAGGUGUGGCCAGCGAGUCCAUCAACAGGAAGGGCAAGCACGUGCUGACGCCAGCCGAGGGCUUCUGGACUAUACGCUUCCGCAACGGCGAGCACAAGGCGUGCACGGCACCGUGGGCGCCCUUGACCAUGAUGAGGAAGGAGCCACAGGUCAUCAGGGUGGUGUUGGACAUGGACAGGGGCAAGGUGACCUUCUUUGACCCCCGGGAGAGGACGCCCCUCUAUACGUUUACAGACCUCAUCUCACCCCGGGUGUUUCCUUACUUCUGCACUGCCUGUAAGGAACACCCACUGAGACUGCUGCCCGUCAGGCUGUCUGCUGCUGUGGUGCUCUAGAGGGCUCCAUGGGGGUUCAUUACUAACAAGCAGUGGAGGCUCAAUUACUUACAGAUCCAGUUGAGUUUACUACCUAGUCCUAAAUGAUGAAGGCUGAUCACUUGGGACAGUCUGGAAUAAAGCAUGUAAUGGUCUUAUGUUUGUGAGUAUUAUGUGUCUACAGAUGACAUACACUGAGUAUACCAAACAUUAGGAACAACUUCCUAAUAUUGAGUUGCACCCCUUUUGUCCUCAGAACAGCCUCAAUUCGUCAGGGCAUGGACUCUACAGGGUGUCGAACACAUUCCACGGGGAUGCUGGCUCAUGUUGACUCCAAUGCUUCCCACAGCUCUGUCAGGUUGGCUGGAUAUCCUUUGGGUGAUGGAUCAUUCUUGACAUAGAUAGGAAACUGUUUAGCGUGAAUCACCCAGCAGCGUUGCAGUUCUAAACACACUCAAACCGGUGCCACUGGCAUCUACUACCAUACUCCAUUUAUAUUACCCAUUCACUCUCUGAAUAGCACAUAUACACAUUUGUUUCAAGGCAUAAAAGUCUUUCUUUAACCCAUCUCUUCCCCUUCAUCUACACUGAUUGAAGUAGAUUUAACAAGUGAUUUAAAUAAGGCAUCAUAGCUUUCACCUGGUCAGUGUAUGUCAUGGAAAGAGUAGGUGUUCCUAUUGUUUUGGACAGUCAGUGUAUGUCAUGGAAAGAGUAGGUGUUCCUAUUGUUUUGGCCAGUCAGUGUAUGUCAUGGAAAGAGUAGGUGUUCCUAUUGUUUUGGACAGUCAGUGUAUGUCAUGGAAAGAGUAGGUGUUCCUAUUGUUUUGGACAGUCAGUGUAUGUCAUGGAAAGAGUAGGUGUUCCUAUUGUUUUGGCCAGUCAGUGUAUGUCAUGGAAAGAGUAGGUGUUCCUAUUGUUUUGGACAGUCAGUGUAUGUCAUGGAAAGAGUAGGUGUUCCUAUUGUUUUGGCCAGUCAGUGUAUGUCAUGGAAAGAGUAGGUGUUCCUAUUGUUUUGGACAGUCAGUGUAUGUCAUGGAAAGAGUAGGUGUUCCUAUUGUUUUGGACAGUCAGUGUAUGUCAUGGAAAGAGUAGGUGUUCCUAUUGUUUUGCACAGUCAGUGUAUGUCAUGGAAAGAGUAGGUGUUCCUAUUGUUUUGGACAGUCAGUGUACAUGUUGACUUGAAAGGUAGCAAGUCUUGAAAUAGGUAGACCUGAAACUAGUUAUCAGCCCUAAAAAGGUACAAGUGUGUCCUAGAAUGCCAGAGCCCUUACAACACUGGUGUCUUUUACAAACCUUUAUAUUGAGUUACACCUAAACAGAGGAGACCUAGAAUAAUGUUCACAAUCAAUUCUAUCUACAAUAUUACUCUGAGAAAUUGCUUUAUUACAUAAUAAUAGGGCAACCAUGAUCGCUGACUAAUUGACAGAUUUUGAAGAUAUUGUUUAAAUAAUGUUCUUAUGUAUUGGAGUUCCCUAGUCAGGUUAAGCAUAAAACCCCAAUAGUUCCAGGACACACAGGGCUUCCACAGGGUUCCCACAAGGCACAUAAUAUCAAUGUGUGUGAACCGGAGUGGUCAGUCAGUGCAUAUCAUCCAUUACUUCAAACAUGUUACGUAAUUGGGUUAAGUUUUACAUUAAAAAAAUGUAAUCUCGCAAUCAAAACUCCUACAGUUAGUGUUGGGAAUAAGAGGCAUGUUCAGCUGUGGCAUGGUCUAUCAUACUACUAACACACAGGUAGCAACACCUCAUCCAACAUGGACACUCAAGUAUUGCUAAAAAUCUGUUCAGUAUUUUGUUCUUUACAUGGUGGCACACUACUAUUACAAGGUUGGGAGCAAAUAGCCUGGAACACAAUCUUCAAGAGACUGGUAUCUCAACGACUGUGGUAUAUUCAGUCCCAGCUCUCAUUUCCUUUACACUCUCAUUGUAACAAACAGACAUCCUGGUUUCAUGUGAAAACUUGCUCUGCUCUAUGUACAUUGUAGUGUUGAAGGCUUGAACGUUUUCAUUUGGCUAAACUAAGAAACAACACAAAUGAAGAAAUACAAAAGGGGGGAAAAGCCCUCAUCCAA